UUUAGCAGGGUUUUCUUUUUUUUUUAAUCAAUCUUAAUAAUGUCGACGGCGGAUUCCUUGUCGGCGUCGGGGCGGAGCUCGGAGAAGCUGAGCCUUCAAUCUCUCCAAUCCAAAAUGAAAAUUGACCCAGAAGGUUACGAAACGGAGCUCGGCUUGGUUUACAACCAAUUUAAGUCGGCUUUGGAUCUUUUUCAACAGCAAGCAGCUCUCAGUUUCGCCUCCUCCUCCGGUGUCUGCGCUGACCCCACUAUUUACAAGGACCUCAGUGACCGCGCCACUUUUUUGUCUCAUGUUACGCCUUUUUACCCGAAGCAGCUUGCUGAGUUUCCAGCUCAACUCGCUGAGUUUCUCAAAUCGUCUGCUCGGACUCUGCCUUCGGGACUUCGGUGUCAUGUUACUCAAGCACUUAUUCUACUGAUUAAUCGAGAUAUGGUUGAUAUUAGUGAAACUCUAGCAUUGUUCAUGGAGCUUCAAACACUGGGAGAUAGGACAUUGAGGAAUUUGGCUUUUACUCAUGUUGUUCAUAGCAUUAGGAGGAUGAAUAAGAAGCAUAAAAAUGAGGCUAAGAAUCGGGCCCUUCAAAAUAUCCUCUUUUCCUUGCUACAGCAAGAUGAUGAAGCGCGAGCGAAGAGAGCACUCAUCACACUAUGUGAGCUUCAUCGAAGGAAGGUGUGGUUCGAUGAUAGAACUGCAAAUUCAAUUUGCAUGGCAUGUUUUCAUUCAUCAUCAAGAAUCAUGAUUGCUGCUCUGUCUUUUCUCCUCGAUUAUGAGAAGAUUGAAGAUAAUGACAAUGAUGAUAGUGAUGCUUCAAGUGGCGAAGACGAUCCAAAUCCUCGAACAGCUCAAGUUGUCAUUAGUAAAGAGUCAAUUUAUAAGGCACACAAUAAAGGUACUGUAGCUAGCAAGAAGAAAAAGAAAGCAAAACUGCAGCGUGCUAUACGUAGCAUGAAAAGGCAGCAACGAUUGUCAUCAGAAAACAACAAUUCAAAUUAUUAUUCACCAUUCAACCAUCUUAAAGACGCCCAGGGGUUUGCUGAGAAGCUAUUUUCUCGCCUUCAGACUUGCAAUGAACGUUUUGAGGUCAAGAUGAUGAUGUUGAAAGUAAUUGCUCGAACUGUGGGGCUCCACCGCUUGAUUUUAUUAAACUUCUAUCCUUUUCUUCAGAAAUAUGUUCAGCCACAUCAGCGUGACAUCACGAAUUUACUUGCAGCAGCUGUCCAGGCCUGUCAUGAUCUGGUGCCUCCUGACGCAGUUGAACCAUUAUUCAAACAAAUAGUAAAUCAAUUUGUACAUGAUCGCUCGCGUCCUGAAGCCAUUGCUGUUGGACUGAAUGUGAUCAGGGAAAUAUGCUUGCGUAUACCUUUGUUGAUGAAUGAAGAUUUGCUGCAAGACCUUGUAUUAUACAAGAAAUCUCAUGAGAAGGCAGUUUCAGUAGCUGCUCGUUCACUCAUUACUUUAUUCAGAGAGGUUUGUCCUUCUCUGCUGAUUAAGAAAGAUCGAGGUCGUCCCAUUGACCCAAAAGCUAGGCCGAAGGCCUAUGGAGAAGUCAAUAUUGUCAGCAGUGUUCCUGGUGUUGAGUUGUUAGAAGAACUUAAUGAUGAUGAUGAUGAAGACAAGGAGGACAGGGAUGAUAUUGAUGAUUUGGCAUCCUGUGGCUCUGAUGAUGAUUCUGAAAAUGAGGAGAUGGUAUCUGCCAGUGAUGAAGGAGACCAGAUUUACAGUGAUGACACUGAAAGUGAGGAUGAUGACAUGCAAGAUUGCUCAGUUGAUGAAGAUGGUGAUGAUGCUGCAGACAAUGACAGUGGUGGUGGUGAGGGGGGGGAUGAGGAUGAGGAUGAGGAUCAGGAGGAGAAUGAUGAAGACAGUUAUGUGGUGGAUGAUGAGCUUGAAAAAGCUAAUGUUGCUCAUGGAACUAAUGAGAGUAAUGCGAGGGCAAUCAUAAAUAAAGUUAACAAAUCUGCUGAUAGAAAGAGGAAGUUCUCUGAUUUUGAUGGGCAACUUCUAGCAGCUGAUACAAGUUUGCGGGCUUUAAAGAAAAUGACAGAAGAGAAGUUGAAGAAACCACCAUCAGACUCUACAGAUGGUAUUCUUUCUAAUGAAGACUUCCAAAGAAUCAAGGAACUUAAGGCCAAGAAGGAUGCCAAGAUUGCUUUAACUCGGCAAGGAUUUAAGGUUCCAAGUUCUGAUGAUCUGAGUGCUAAGCGGGUGGAUCCUGCUAAGCUUGAAGUUCAUGUACGGGCAAGGCUAAACAAGGAAGAAAGAUUAGCACUGGUGAGAGCCGGGAGAGAGGAUAGAGAGAGCUACAAAUCUAGAAUCGCUGUAAAACAGAAAAAGACUGGCGGGCAGAGCAACAGGCAGAAGGAACACAAAAAGCAGAUGCCUCUUGCUGCAAAAAGGGCCAAGGUAGCAAGAUCUCAACAAGAGAAAAAGAGAAAGCAAAACCUUUCUGGCAAGCAGUUCCGGGGGAAGAAAGCAUGGAAAUGAUCAGAACCGUGUAUUAUCAUGCCAUGAAGCAUUUUUUUAUAUAUAAAAUACCAGACUCUCUUGGAGGAUAUAGUUUUGGUUUGUUGGUGACCUCUUAUACGCCAACUGUCUAAUUACAGUACCAGCAAAACAAACCAUUGAGUUGAGAAGGAUUUGGCUAAUUAUUACCAGGCAAAAGCGCAUCAAUUCAUGAAGAUUAUGGAACGGUAUGCUUGUCUGGUGAAAGCUUCUAGGUGAUGCAGUUUAUUACUAGGGCAUAAAACCUACGUGUCAAAAUAGGUGAUUCAAUACUUAAGUAGUAAUUGAUUAUUGAUUGUUGUUUCAAGACAAAAGAGAUAGAUCAUGAAGAUAAAAUAAAAUAUAAAAA